AUGGCCAGUCACGAUCCCGCUUCAUCGUCCUCGGCUGCUCGCCAGUCGCCCGCUCCAACAGCAGCAUCAAGUGCAUCCAGCUCCCUUCAUGCACCAGCACCCUCAGUGCGAGGGGUUGGGCCUUCCAAUCGCCGCCAUUCAGCUUCGGAUUCAGCUUCUUCUUCCACUCCAUCCUCAGCUUUGGAUCACAACCCUCAGCAGUCGUCAUCCUCGUCCUCAUCGCCCGCAUCGUUGAGCUUUGUGAGCCACAGCUACGCUCCGCCGGCCAACCGCACCCGGACAGCGUCAAUCGACGCCUCGCCAGCUUACGCCCAAGCAACAGCAGCAGCAACAGCCCAGCCAACAACCGCGCCGACGACUCCUCAUCCACCACGGCCUGCUCCUGCUGCCCCAUUUGCAUCCGUCGUAGCACAACAGCAGGCAAGCACGCCAUCCGCCGCGACGACAGCCAGUGGCACCAGCAUUAGCACGAGUAAGCCGCAGAUGCUGCUCGAGGAGAGCCCUCAGCAUGGCCAGAUUGCAGCCGCGCUGCUGCGUCGGCAGUACGAUCGCGUGCGAGACCGAGCCAGAAUGCGCACCGACCGACUCCGCAAGUUCGUCCAAGGCAGCGCAGGCGGCGCAGGAUUAGGCACAGGCGCAGGGUCAGGCCCAAAGCAGCGAAACCGGCUGUCGUGGUCGUCCGCCAAUCGAGCUGGGUCCGAGUCGAUGGCUGUGGACUCGGAUGCAGGACAUUCUGCUUUGAACGCUCAUUCUGGUACUAGCACUGCUGCGGCGGCGGCUGCGGCUGCGGCGGCUGCGUUGGCGCGCACACCGACGAACUCUGCGGCUUCGAAGUUGGACCAUCGAGAUCAACACGCCACCGCCGACGCUGCCGCAUUCGACGAUCAAGACGUUGGUGCCAACGUGCAGUACGCUCAGGACGAGUUUGACGAAAUGAACGAAGGCGAGGAUAUGCUCGAGGACGCAGAAGAGCCCAUGAACGAGGAUGAUUUGGACGUCCACCCUGCAGACCUACGGCGACGCCAAGGCGUUCGCCAUCGCCGAAUGGCGUGUCCUUAUUGCAAGCGGCUCUACCGGACCGCUUGGUCAUUAGAGCGACAUGUCAUCGCCGAACACCCCGGAGGCGCUGCAUCUCUUAAACCCGUUCGCAGACCAAAUCCGUGCUUCCGCUGCGGCAAAAAGUUUGCAACAGACUACCAGUUAGUGGCCCACUUGCAACAAUCCCACGCUGGUGUCACUGAAUAUGCUUGCCCGUUCUGCUUCAAGAUCUUUAAUGCACAACGAGGUGUCUCAGUCCAUAUCGGCAUCAUGCACCAAGGACUGCCAAUACCAGACAUUGGCGAAGCUGCGAUGCCAGGCGAAGGCGCACCGACAGGGGUAGAACUUGUUUGUGACGCGUGCCAUCUGUCGUUUUCAGAUCAGCUCGCCUUUGAUGAGCAUGACUGUCCGCCGGCGACCUCAAUGCGAAGCACACUCCCCAGCGGUCCCAAAACUGAACUUGUCUACGAGGACGAUUGGGCAGAGCCCCACUUGGCCGACGAGGGCGGCGCCGAGCAGGAAGGCCAUGAUCAGCACUAUGCCAUGGAUACCGAGAAUGACGUUGUGGCUGAGGACAGCAACGGGGACGAGAACGAUGGAGGCCAUGCCGAAGAUGAACACGGCGCUGAUGAAGAGCACGACGCUGGUGAAGAGCACGAAGCUGGCGAAGAGCAGGACGCUGGCGAAGAGCACGAUCAUGACGUAGCAGGCGACAUUGAAGAUACCAAGCCCAAUGAAGAAGAAGCUGAAGACCUCGAAGAUGAUGAGGAGGACGAGGACGAGGACGAUGAUGGCGAGAUUGGCGGCGAUGAUGAUGAUGCAAGCGACUUUGACAAUUACGCGGAACACGCUCGUCGAUCCCCGCGAGCCCGUCGUCUUCGGCGGUCGUUUGACGGCGACGCUCGCCCCGUGGAUCCAAACACUGUUUGCCCAAAAUGCCACACGUCAUUCUCAAGCAACAACAGCAUGAUUCAGCAUCAUCGCACCCGGCAUGAAGGACUGAGAUUCUUCUGCCCAUUGUGCGACAAGCCCUCCACGCAAUCGUCGAGUCUGCUAACACAUUUGCGCACAGUGCAUCCCAAGGACGAGAAACGGUGCCCAAAGUGUGACUUGCGAUGGUCUGCCUCGAACGUUCUCGACUUCUGGCUUCACGUGCGGACAGCCCACCAUGAUGAUUUUAUUCGCCCGUUGUAGCGCAAUACAGAGCUACCGUGCUGUGGCCGCGCAUUGAGUUUUUGCUUUUUGCUUUUGGUGUCUUGUUUCUUGCGUGGCUUUUGUUUGUUGGCUUGUUAUUUUUUCAACCACAAUUUAUAUUUUAUUGCAA